GUCACCUUGUACGCUCGACACCGCUGACAAGCUCCUGUACAUUAGACCGGGCGCGAGACAGCCUUUCACUCGGCGCUGCGCGUUAAGGGACAACAGCAGCCAAUCUGACUGAACCCACGCCCGCUCCUCAUCCCUGAAGCCGCACUCUUUCCCUCAGAGCGUCGAUCUGCUGACUCAGUGCCUUAUCAGAACCAACCGGUUCCUCGCCACCGAAUAAAGCUGAGACGCACCAGUCACCGACACAACUCCAGCCAUGGCCAAAACUGCGAUCGCAUACAAAGAGAAGAUGAAGGAGCUUUCCCUCGUCUCCCUCAUCUGCUCCUGUCUCUACCCAGAGGCACGCAAGAACAUCAUGGGCGAGUUUGAAGACAUGGAGGUUAAGGCCAUUAAUAAGCGGGCUUCAGGUCAGGCCUUUGAGGUCAUCCUGAAGCCUCCUUCUCCAACAACUGAAGGAGGCUACAGCAUCACUUCACCUCCGAAGAAGAGGGACAUGUCACUGGAGGACAUCCAGAAGAAGCUGGAGGCAGCUGAGGACAGGAGGAGAUCCCAGGAGGCUCAAGUCCUGAAGGCUCUGGCUGAGAAGCGUGAGCAUGAGCGGGACGUCCUACUGAAAGCCAUGGAGGAGAACAGUAACUUCAGCCGGAUGGCAGAGGAAAAACUGAUCCUGAAGAUGGAGCAGAUCAAGGAGAACCGUGACGCACACCUUGCAGCAAUGAUGGACCGACUGCAUGAGAAGGAGAAGCACGCUCAGCUGGUGCGCAGAAACAAAGAGCUGAGGGAAGAACUGACAGCAUGAGCACAUCUCUACAUCCCCCACCCCCCUCCCAAUACCUGCGACCCCACCCUUCUCACCCCGCCACCGCUAUCCCAUGUAGAAAAGAGCCUCUGACACCCCAAAUCCAACCCCCCUUCUGCCCCGUCCCGCCCAGGCCAAGGGAAUCGACCCGCCCCCCUCACCAACCGCAUCCUCCCCAUUAUAGUCCAUAAGACAAAAGGAACACAAUGUUUUUGAUCAAUUCCAAACCAGUCAAAGUGGGUGUGGUUUUUUUGUAAAUACUUCCUGUUUGUUUUAUAUGAGACGAUGAAAAGUAUUGCGGUGUGCCAUUUUUUAAAAGUUUCUCUCUGUAUCUUUCUCUUUUAGUGGAUGUACUUGUUUCUUCUUCUUCUUCUUCUUCUUCUCUUUUUCUCGAUCAAAUCUGCUACAGUUUCUCUCGUACCAGGCUUUGGUGUUUGUGAGUUUGCUGGAUAGCUGACAUUUGCAACGUCUUCUUGAAACCCAACGUUCUCUGAUGUCUGUUUGGAAAGAAUAAAAGACACCACAGUACAGUACCGUACAGGUUGCAAACAAUAUUUACAAACAGUCUCUUACAAAGUCUUCAUACAUCCAUACAGUGGCAUAUAGUCAUGACACAAAGACACACACACACACACUCAUAUAAAUGAGUUUAGUCAGCAUGAUUUCCAUGUUGCUCAAGAGGAGUUGUGAAAUUAGCCAUGGUUAAGUCAUAUGAUGUCUCUUGACCCCUGUUUGACCAGUCUGGGUUGUAUUUGUAUUGACAGCGUAACAGAAAGUGAGUUCUUGAGAAUUGGGUAUUGUUCUGAUUCUUCAAAGAAUUUUUGGAGGGUGUUAAAAUUGAUGUGUAAGUGUGUGUGUGUGUGUGUGCGUUUCGAGAACAGUGCGGGUGGACGGUGUUAUAAUGUGCCAUUGCUCUUGUGUAAGUCACCAAACCAGCCCACCCUCAUCUUUCUCCUCCUCCAGCUGUGUGUUUUCUUCCCUUCACACAUGUAACUUUGGGAGCAAGCUGUGGUGAAUAAAGGCUUGGGAUUCUUGGAAUGAGAA